CUGAACUGUCUAACAAUAUGUGUCGUUCUGUGUCAUCGAUAGGCGCGAUUUUUUAUUUUUUAUUUUCGUUGGCGGCAGCAGAUUGGAUUUGCCCAGUCGGGAAUAAAUAUUGUUUUCAGUGGAUAAACGAACCCCCUAGGACUUGGAAUGAAACCCGAGCUAGAUGUGCCCAAAUAGGAGGAGAUCUUCCUGGGGCAGACCAUUUGCAUGUAUUGAGCCACGCAUGGGUUAAUGAAUAUCCUUUCUGGACAAGUCUGUGUUUCAGCAAUGGACGUCUGCAAUGGUUAGGAACCAUUUCAUACGAGGAACGAAAUCUUGCAUUUAUUGAUACAUUUUUGCCUGGCUUGACGACACUUCACGAUGUCGACGGCAAAAUGUACUGUUUCUACACUAACGGCAACAUGGUUGAUCCACUGACAACUUUCGGCCUCUCUCUGAAAGACAGUCAACAUUUAAUAGGAUCUAUGUGUGUUUCAGACUACCGAUUCACUCACUCCUUCAUCGGAUCAACGCUGGGAGGACAUGUAUUAUCAGCCUCGAUGAUAGCUGAGGGCACCGAUAUAGACUGGGGCCCUAUAAGGCAAAAUCAAGACGGUUUCGUAAAUAUUUUCCCACUCCAAGCUACUUCUCUGAAAUUAAAAUGCGUCGUCCAAACAACAAACGACGCUCAUAAAUCAUCAGUCCGCAUAAGGUGGAUUCGAAAUAAUGGUUACUUAGGCAAUUUUUCUCAGGAGGUUAGUUUUGCUUCUGCGGAGGAUCUAAUUCCUUGGAUUGGAUUUAUUCAUUGUGAAACGUCUUAUCUGAAUCACCAACCAGUCUACAGUCAAGGAAUUCACUUGGUGGUGUGGAACACGGUGACAGCACGUCUCAUUUCCACCUGUAUUUCUUGCAAAGUGCAGAGCAUAAUAGAGACAGCAAAAAUUAUUUUAGCACAGUUUGUAGAGAUGGAAAUCACUCCAGGUAAAGGAACAGCAAUGGAAUUCUACAUUGAGCCUCCCGUUAUACACCACACUACCAUCUCGUUCAUGAUUCAUAUAAAGAAUAAGAAAAUCGAUAAGUUUGAUUUCAGAAUGGUUGAAAAACUUGGCAACGAAUUCCAACUAUCGCGCUGGGCAAAGAGUCGUUCUCUAUUUCUUCCCAGCGAUUCCGAUUUAGUUCUUGAGAUUAUUAGUCCAUGCAACAUGGUCUUGCCACAGGAUCGUCAGAACACGACAUGGAUUGGUUAUUUAGGUCAAACGGUACCAUCCGGGAAUUUUAUUGAUGGCCCCAUCUGCGUUAACAAUCAUGGGGCCAUUGUAACAAGAACAGCCAGAUGCGGUUUGUCUGAUUUACGUCCAACACCUCACGAAGAAUGUUUCUCUAUGAAAAUUAGACGAGAAGACCCACAAUGUUUCAACGGCUUCUAUCCAGCUGAUGGGAAAUGUUACCGAAUGACAGAAGCUUCUGAUUUUGCCACAGCUGUCGCUAAAUGUUGGGUCGGAUGGCCAGUGCAACCCGAAAUAUUGCUGCCAAACAGUAUAUCCAAUUGGGUGCAGACUUCACGCGAAUGGAUCUAUCAGACUCACUAUUCACCAGCUUCCCUAGUUUGGCUUCCCCUACGACGCGUUAAUAGGGCGGCUCCUCUUCAAACCCCAGUCUGGAGUUGGAACACAAUGAGCAACCGGUGGAUUCACAUGGCCAACGAUUGGAACACCACAGUUGAAAGCUCUGACGUCAGCCGUUUAUGUGCGGCAUACGAUUUAGUAAGGAAUAAAUUGAUCAGCACUUCAUGCCAAAAUCAUCUUCCGAUGAUCUGUAGUCGACCAUUAUUAUCACAACCCCUCAGUUCCGCUCAAUCGGGUGACGUGGGAGAAUACUUUUGCGACCCCGGUUGGCUGACUCAUUGGCUUGUGCUGGACACGGGAAUUUGCUACAAACGCUUCACGCUAAAGGAAGCCAUCGAUGCGGAUGAAGCUCAGCAAUUCUGCGUAAAACGCGGAGGACAUCUUGCCAACGCCCCAACUCACAGCACACGACUAGCUCUGGAGCAAGUCUACUCUUACUUUAAUAACAGAAGCGUCGUUGACUCUUGGAUCGGACUGAGGAAUCAAGAUGGCCAGCCAGGAACUUUUAGCUGGGUGAACGAAACGGCUGGUGACCAUAGCAAGACGUACAACUGGCACCCUUAUAACGAAUUUAGUGAAGGCUACGCGUCAGCAUUUCGUAAUGGCAUGUGGUGGAAUUGGCCACGUCACACAAAACUGUGGGGUCUGGUCUGCCAAAAGAACGCGUCCGAUUGGAAAGAAGGCAUUCGAUUGCUGCUUGAACCGUCUAAUGACCCGAUUAGGGAAGGGGAAUACGCUCUCGUUUUCACGUACGAACCCAAACCCAUUCUUCAAGAUGAAAACGACGAUUACAUCACACCCGCAGCGUUCGAGACAAAGAAGAUAUUGAAUCAUUCUUAUUUGACUAAAUCCUUUUGGCUAUCCGAUUUUGACGUUGUCUGUCAUUUCACUAACUACGUUCGACGCUUCAGUUUCCCCAGAGGAUUUCGUCGACAGUAUCGAGCUCUGGUCCCCGUGUCAACGGCCAUGGGGUCGGGACCUUUCACUUGCGAAGCAUGGUUCAACAAACCGGCCUUUCGAUUCCAAUCGAAUACGAUCAUUCACCGACCCGCUCACUGGCACAACUUCGUCAUUGUUGUGUCGAAACAAAAUCCUCUCUAUCCUGCAGGCUACCGCCAGUCACCAGAAAUAAACUGGAAUGGCGAAUCAGCUGUUAAUGACCUUUUGCAACGAAUGAAUUUGAACCGAUUCCGCUAUUUCAAGGAUUUCAUGAAAAAUUUUUCGGUUGUCACAAUAAGUGUCGAGCCCAACCAGAAUAAUGCGACUGGUACUGCAAAUAUUAUCAAUUAUUUAGUGUCAUUUUUCCUUUCGCCGGAUGUCCAGCGUUUCGAUCUGUUUGCAAACAUAAGACAAUGCCAAACAGGGUGGGAUUCGAACGCAUUUAAAACCAGCACGCUAGACUACGAGAGCAUCCUUCAUUUACUCCUCCAGUUUUGCUUACCUUUGGUCUAUCGAAAUGGCGAAGAUUACCAGUUUAUUGAAGUACGAAGCACUGUAGCCUGUCCAUCAAUUCAUCCACCCGAGACAUUUGGCCAUCACCUUCGUGAUGAAACUUCCAUGGCGAUCAACCGGUUCGCUUGGUCAAUGACAAAUAUUAACCGGAUGGCUAGAUCUACCAACCCCUGUUUGAUAGAAGGGCAUAUUGUUCGUCGUACCUGCACGGGAAGCUUUGAGCAAGGUGCCAUCUGGGGACCACCAAAGAUUGCGGAGUCGAACAAGAUAUUGGAUGAAGCAACCACUAUUUGCCAAGUGGCAGAUUACACGGAAAAUAAGAUGUAUCAACUAGAACGACUGUCGAUGGCUGCCACGGUCGACGGUCUUUCUCUUUCAUCAGAAGCCAUUUUAACAGAGUUGCUAAAAGAAUGGGAUGAGCAACCUUUCUUGUCUAUGGCUAGCCUCGAAUUAACUAUUUCCAGUCUUCGUCAAAUAUUGAACAGAUCUCGAAAUCAAACUGCCCAGCUAAAUCGCCUUCUCUUAACCACAGUUAUCGAACGGAUGAUACACCCGGGUAAAUGCCCGCUGCCUGAAUUGCAAUUCUUACCCGACGUUCUAGAAGAUUUGAUUCAGCUGUUCUCCGAUCUACCUGCAUUGGACAACAGGGGAUCGCGAGUUCGGGUCAAUAUUGGCGACCAGGUCUCUGUCGUGGCGGAUGGAAUUGAUACUACGCUCGGAAACCAACACUUUGCAUCCGAGAUAGUGAUCGAUUUCAAUCGCCUCUCAGUCACCAUCCAGAAAGAUGCCGAGAAUAGCGUUUUAUCCACCGUCGUGGCUCUACUUCCGUCUGAGCUUUUGGCUAUCGAUCCGGUGACAAAGAACAGCAUCAUCGAUCUGUACAAGGUAGAUGCCAGCGAUCGGACUCAGAGGAGCAUACUCGGGAAAUUCAUCGCCAGCCAAACAAUCGUACACGUCAACUUGAAAUCCGUCGUCAAGACGUCAGCGACUCCAUUUAUGCUGGCCUUCAAAAUUGAGGGGCCGUCAUCGGCGGAGAGUACCUUUUUGUGUGCGCGCUGGGACUCGCGUUUGAAUGACGUCCACGGCGGUUGGCUAACGGGCGAUUGCUGGUAUCUCGGACGCACGGAUGAAGCCGGAACUCACCUCUGUCAGUGCCAUUCUUCCGGUAUCUACGGCUUGUUCCACUCCGAAGAGGACAGAACACUGCGCUUGGCUUUGAUUCGACGACUGCCGAUUGUCAUCAAUGUGAUCCUAUUCCUCUUUAUGACUUCCUGCCUGAUUAUUCGCUCGGCAUUCGUCUGUCGAAAAGCGGUCCGUGAAAUGGAUUUGGUGGAGCUGGGCGCACGUCUCCAGCUGGUGAUCGCUUGGUUAACGAUGCUAUUUUGCCAUCUUGGCCAAUACUUUGCACCGGGCCAAAAAGUUGGUUGCAUUAUCUUGACAACGUUGUUUCAGUUCUUCCUAACGGCCGCUUUCUUCUGGAAUAUCAUUCUCCUGGUCGUCCGGCGCUGGCAAAUUCACCAACGCUGGAUCAGCAAUCAACACGCCUGUCUGGCAAAACUCUCUUUUGCCGUGUGGGCGCUCAGUUCCCUCAGCGUUGUGACGAUUCCGAUUUACAAGUGGAAAUACGUUCACGCCAAACUGGCGAUAAUAUCAGAAUGCUGGAUAGAAGAUCCGAUCGAUUUUGGAUUGACGGUUGCCAUAGUUUGUCUGGCUAGCCUCGUCAGUCUCAUUUUAAAUGUGAAGAAUCUUGGCGAUCAAAGGGAAUUCGGAGUCGCCUCAGAUUGGAACGCCAGUGACGUUCUGGGAGCCGUGAAUACGCCACUGAUGUGCCUGACCGGAUUGCUCGCCAUCUCGGACAACAGCUGGCUACAUUCAACUCCGGUUGCUAUCACUUUCAGCUUCACCUCAUCAUUGCUCGGUCUUAUUUGGCUGUGCACUUUCUGCACGCUGGUAGCCAACCCUACGGUCAAACAUGAAUUUCAACAUUCCAAUCGCAAACUUGGUCAGGAUUUGCAACUGAAAACCAUUUAUGGCUCCACUAUCGAAUAUCUUACCGAUCGUUGAUGUCCUAAUCGGUCCUAAUGCGACAUAAUGUGUAUAUGUUUACUAACCCAUAAAUAUAACUCGAUAUGCAAACUAAGAAAAUAUGCCAUGAUACAGUUUAUUUGCCUUACGUAAUUAAUGAACUACACACAUCACGUCAGUGAACAAAAUAGGAAAGUCGUGGAAUCGUGUCAUCUAUAAAUAUCCACAAGGUUCAUUAUAAUUACCUCAAGCACAUGAGGGGGGGGGGUGUUAAAGUGGGAUGGGAGAGAUGUAAAAAAAGCUGAGAAGUGAAAGCUGUAACACCAAUAACAUACAAUUAGGGGAUGAAGAUCAAAGAAUCAAAGGUCGGUAACUCAGCAUCAACAACCAUCCGAGUUCCAUCACGCAACCGCAAAGAAAUGUGACACGUGGAGAGUAUUGUAACGAGCGAAAGCGUGAGCUUGAGUAACUAUGCUUAACUUUGAGUUAUACUCUGUGCGCAUCUAAGAAAAUAUUCUAUUCUAUCGAUAUGUUGUCAAUUUUUUUGUUUGGUUGGAAAUGGAAUUAACAAAACACCCUAAAUAUUCUAACCUAAUCUAUUGGAAUUUUUGUGCUAUAGAUUUUCAACUAACCUAACUUCAGAUGCACUUAAAAAUACGCGUUUGCUGUAUCCCACACGCAAAAAUAGUUGCAGUUAUACAGUCGCGGCUGAAAGUUUCUAUACGUGUAGCUCAAAAAUACGCCUUUUUACUGUGUAUUGGCGGAUGGUGUUAGCCUAUGGUAGAGGUUGAGCUACCUUAUUUGCUAGUUUCUUUAUUUUUUACCGCCCUUCUUUACUUAACUCUUCCUCUUAACAUCGAUUACUAAUUUACCCGCGAUACCCCAAACGUUAUACUCAUUCCUAUUGCCUAAUGCUAAAAUGAAACUAAUCGAUGCAGAAAUUGCCACAGUUACAAACUGAUCAAUCCUCUGCCAUUUUAACGUUUCAUUUUAGAGCUAUUGCUAGUUUAUUGGGCAUAGACUCAAUUGUCUGAUUAUCGGCCAUGGUUACCCAUAGUUGAGAAAGCCCCGCCAACAAAUCAUUGUCGGAGGUGUAAGGGGGUAAAACUUAAGAAAAUCGAGCAAAUAAGGUAGCUCAACCUCUAUCAUAGGUUGACACCAUCCGCCAAUACACAUUAAAAAGGCGGGUUUUGGAGCUACACGUAUAGAAACUUUCAGCCGCGACUGUAGAUUAUAUUGUUAUCACUCGGUAAACAAUGUUGCUGUGAAAAAAAAUACAUUAUUUUAUCCCCGCAGCUGCAACGGAAAUCUUUAGGUUAAGGAAUGAUAAAAAAAUAAAAACUAAUUAAUCGCCGAUAACUUUGCUUCAAAAAAUAGAAUUGUAAGUUGAAGCGCAAGGUGCUGGUUUUUGGUAGUCUCCAAAAUAAAAUUAAGGCUGAAAAUUUCGGGUGAAAGCUUUAUUUUUUAACAGCUUUCAAGUUCGUUUCAAUAUACGGGAC